AUGAGAGCUUCAAGUUUCUAUGAUUGUUUUAGCUCUCUAGUUUGCCUUACCUUGUGCCUUGAGCAGCUUCAGUUGUUUGCAUUUGCUUCUGCUUCUAUCAAUUCCAAUUCUGAAGCAGAGGCUCUUCUCACAUGGAGAGACAGCCUUCAAAACCAAACAAAGAAUAAUCUCACCUCAUCCUGGACCUAUAAUCCUAGUACUAGUAAUGCCACCAACUCUUCCGGAAAGCCAGAAGCAAAUGCAAGCCCUUGCCAUUGGAGUGGUAUUUCAUGCAACAAAGCUGGAAGCGUGAGCAACAUAAGCCUUUCUGAUUUUGGUUUACAAGGUACACUACAUGAAUUUUCGUUCUCCUCCUUCCCUAAUCUCGAAUAUCUGGACCUCAGCUUCAAUGAACUCUUCCAUGUCAUCCCACCUCAGAUCAGUUCCCUCAUCAAACUUGUGUCUCUUGAACUAACCAAUAAUCAGUUGUCCGGGAGAAUCCCACCAGAAAUCACUCUUCUAAGAAAUCUAACCUUUCUUAGUCUCGAAGGCAAUAAUCUUUUUGAUAUUAUUCCUAAAGAGAUAGGAAACCUGAAAUCUCUCAUGGAGCUAUCAUUGAGCUAUAAUCGACUCACUGGUUCAAUUCCAACAUCACUAGGUGAUUUGCCAAACCUUACUCAUCUUUAUCUCCAACAUAAUAACCUUUCUGGCAACAUCCCUCCAAAUUUUGGAAACUUCAGAAAGAUCACUGUGCUAUACUUAUGGCGCAAUCAACUCUCUGGCCCUAUCCCUCCAGAAAUAGGAUAUUUGAAGUCUUUAGAAGAUCUAAACUGUGGCACCAAUAAUCUUAGUGGUUCGAUCCCAACAUCACUAGGUAACCUAACAAACCUUAAAUGGCUUUAUCUCGGUGUAAACAAUCUAUCUGGAGCUAUUCCUACGGAGAUUGGGAAAUUGAAAUCUAUGUUGGGUAUAGAUUUUGGCAUCAAUCAACUGAAUGGUUCAAUUCCCACUUCAUUUGGUGACCUGACAAACCUUACAAAUCUCUACCUUCGAGAUAACCAACUUUCCGGCUCCAUCCCCCAAGAGAUGGAGAAACUUAAGAAGCUGGUUGUACUGCAUUUGGAUACUAACCAAUUUUCUGGUUAUUUGCCCCAAUAUAUUGGCCAAGGUGGAUCGCUCACAAACUUUUCAGCUUCAGACAACUAUUUGAUUGGUCCAAUUCCCAAAAGCUUGAAAACUAGCACAAAGUUAUUCAGAGUCCGACUCAAUGGAAACCAAUUGACAAGCAAUCUUUCAGAAGACUUUGGAGUCUAUCCAAAUCUUCGAUUUCUAGACCUGAGCGACAAUAACCUGUAUGGUGAAAUCUUAAGCAACUGGGGACAGUGCCCACAAUUGACAACCUUACUACUUGCGGGAAACAACUUAACUGGCAGUAUAUCAACUGAGAUUGGAAAUGCAAGCCAAAUUCAUGAGCUCGAUCUUUCUUCUAAUGGUUUAGAUGGGAUGAUUCCAGAAGAAUUUGGAAGAUUGACUUCUUUGGUGAAGCUGAAGUUAGAUGGCAAUCAACUUUCAGGUAGUGUACCAUCAGACUUUGGAUCAUUGACUGAUCUUGAAUAUCUUGAUCUAUCAAGAAACACAUUGAACUCGUCAAUUCCAAGCGUUCUGGGUGAUUUGCUCAAACUACACUACUUGAAUUUGAGCAACAAUAAGUUUGGACAAAGAAUUCCUGUUCACUUGGGGAAGUUAGCUCACCUGUCCCAACUAGAUUUGAGUCAAAACUCAAUCGAGGGGGAGAUACCAUCAGAAGUCAGCAAUAUGGAGAGUUUGGAGAUGUUGAAUUUGUCACACAAUAAUCUUUCUGGUUCCAUUCCAACAAGUUUUGGAAAUAUGCGCGGCUUGUCGUAUGUUGACAUAUCUUACAAUGAGUUGGAAGGUCCACUUCCCAACAGCAAAGCAUUUCAAGAUGCUCCCCCAGAAGCAUUACAAGGAAACAAGGGAUUGUGUGGCAACGUUGAAGAUUUGGAACCCUGCAAUGAAGAUAGUUCAAAAAAGGUCCAUGGCCAGAAACUGGUAUAUGUGAUCUCAUUCUCUCUUCUGGCAACACUUUUACUUCUAUCUUCCUGCUUCAUAAUUGUCUUUGUAGUAUUUAGAAAAAAGAAGCAUCGGGAUGACGAAAGAUACAAUAGACAUGAGGAGAUUUCUUUUUCAACACUCAACUUUGAUGGCAAGGCGAUGUAUGAGGAAAUCAUAAAGGCAACAGAGGAUUUUGAUUCCACAUAUUGCAUUGGGCGGGGAGGACAGGGAAGCGUCUAUAAGGUGAAUUUGUCAUCUGCCAACAUAGUGGCCGUGAAGAAACUCCAUCAGUUAUGCAAUGACGAUGAAAAACUUCAUAAGGAAUUCUUAAAUGAAGUACGUGCACUGACUGAGAUACGACACCGAAACAUUGUAAAGCUUUAUGGCUUCUGUUCACAUAGGCAACACUCAUUCUUGGUGUAUCAGUAUCCAGAAAGGGGUAGCUUGGCAACAGUGUUGAGCAAUGACGAUGAAGCUAAAGAACUUGGGUGGAAUCAAAGGGUGAAUAUUGUCAAGGGUGUAGCUCAUGCCUUAUGUUACAUGCACCACAAUUGUUUGGAACCAAUUGUUCAUCGGGACAUAUCAAGCAAGAACAUUUUACUGAAUGCCGAUAAUGAAGCCUGUGUUUCAGAUUUUGGCACUGCUAAGUUCUUAAACCCAGACUCAGCUAAUUGGACUGCCCUGGCAGGCACCUAUGGAUACAUUGCACCGGAGCUUGCUUAUACAAUGGAAGUGAACGAGAAAUGUGAUGUUUACAGCUACGGUGUGGUAACAUUGGAAACAAUUAUGGGAAGGCAUCCAGGAGAUCUUCUCGUACCUUUAUCAUCUGGGUCAUCUUCACCGUCAUCUGCAUUACCCGCCCAUCAAAUGUUAAUUGUGGAUGUUUUUGACAAACGCAUUACCCCUCCUACAGAUGAAGUUGCAGGUGAACUGCUCUCUCUUGUGAAGAUAGCAUUUUCAUGCUUGAAUACCAGUCCUCAGUCUCGACCAAAAAUGGAACAAGUUUCUCAACAACUGGAAACUCAGAGGCUGCAUUUGUCAAAGCCGUUACAGAUGAUAAGAUGUGGUGAAUUGCUGACUCUCAAAUAG